GCUGGACUUCGGCCCUCCAAACUCAAUUUUAGCAGGCUGCUCUGCCCCACUGGGCGCUUAGGCUGCAAAUAGGCAGCGUGCCGCCAGAGCAGCCCUACCAGUUUCUAAAUUGCUCCACAGCCUGUUCAGUUGAUCCGAGAUCAAAAUGGUGGCCUCAUUUCCGGCUCUCCUGCGACGGUCCAGAUUCUGCCAGUGGUGCCUGACAAGGUGGCCACGGCUGGCAGGACCCACAGAGCUGAGACCCUGUGACCCAAUCUCUUGGGCUCCUGCCCGGAUGGUGGCGACAAUAACGCUGGAGCCCGAGGGCCGCUGCUGCUGGGAUGAGCCGGUGCGCAUCGCCGUGCGCGGCCUGGCCCCGGGGCAGCGGGUCACGCUGCGCGCGUCCCUGCGCGACGAGAAGGGCGCGCUCUUCCGGGCCCACGCGCGCUACUGCGCCGACGCCCACGGCGGGCUGGACCUGGGGCGCGCGCCCGCGCUGGGCGGCAGCUUUGCGGGGCUCGAGCCCAUGGGGCUCUUCUGGGCCCUGGAGCCUGAGAAACCCGUGCUGAGGCUGGUGAAGCGAGACGUGCAGACGCCCUUCGCCGUGAAACUGGAGGUGCUUGAUGGCCAUGAGCCCGACACCAGGCGGCUCCUGGGCCAGACGGUGCACGAGCGCGACUUCCUGCCGCCCGGGGUGCGGCGCGAGCCGGUGCGCGCGGGCCGGGUGCGCGCCACGCUCUUCCUGCCGCCAGAACCUGGGCCCUUUCCUGGAAUUGUGGACAUUUUUGGAGUUGGAGGUGGCCUUCUGGAAUAUCGAGCUAGUCUGCUGGCUGGGAAGGGUUUUGCUGUGAUGGCUCUGGCUUAUUGUAACUAUGAAGACCUCCCCACGGGCAUGGAGAACCUACAUCUGGAGUACUUUGAAGAAGCUGUGAACUACCUGCUUAAUCACCCUCAGGUUGGCACUUCUCUAAGUAAAGGUCCAGGAGUCGGGCUGCUUGGGACUUCCAAGGGGGGUGAACUCUGCCUCUCCAUGGCCUCGUUCCUGAAGGGCAUCACCGCGGCUGUCAUAAUCAAUGGUUCUGUGGCCAAUACCCUUGGAAACUUACACUACAAAGGUGAGACCUUGCCUCCCUUGGGUUUCAACCCAAAGCGAAUCAAGGUGACCAAAGAUGGCUUUGCAGACAUUUUGGAGGUCCUGAACAGCCCUUUGGAAGGACCUAACCAGAAGAGCCUCAUUCCUCUGGAAAGAGCUGAGAGCGCCUUCCUGUUCCUGGUAGGUCAGGAUGACCACAACUGGAAGAGUGAAUUCUUUGCUAAUGAGACCUCUAAACGCUUACAGGCCCAUGGUAAGGAGAAGCCCCAGAUCAUCUGUUACCCAGGAGCGGGGCACUAUAUUGAGCCUCCUUACUUCCCCAUGUGCCCUGCUUCCCUACACACCGUGGUGGGUGGUCCUGUCAUCUGGGGAGGGGAGCCCAGGGCUCAUGCCACAGCCCAGAUGGAUGCUUGGCAGCAGCUCCAGGCUUUCUUCCACAAACACUUGGGUAGGGAAAAGAGGACAAUCUCAGCAAAACUGUAAGCUUUUAUCUGAUUUUGUGACAUCUUUGAUGCUAAUCUGUCUUGGGAACAGCUGCCACAAUUAGUGUGUCUGUGUAGAUUUUUUUCUUUUCAAUAAUUACAUAGAGUUUUUCACCCCUUCACUGUUAAACUGGACUUACUAAUAAGUUUUCAAGAUAUUUAUAAAUUAUUUACUUUUUCAGUUGUUUGAGGGGACAGUGAUUCUACAGAAAACACAACGGGUGGAGGAAAGCAUACCUUUUAGUAUCUAACAACACACAACCGAUAAGGCUGUACCUCUGAAAGGAAAAAACUAAUACCUGAUAACCAUGCCUGGUACUCAACUGGUGCACAGUAAUUAUUUGUUGAAUUAUUUAUUAUUAUAAUUUAAUUUGUUUAAUACUUAAUUUAUUAAUGAAUAAAUGACUACUGUGGAAGAAAAGCAUUUAAAAUAUCAAAAUAUUAUUCAGCUUUGAGUUUUUCCUUUAAGAAUGGAUGUGUUACAUUAAUUACUAAUCUAGUUAGAUUACUACUUAGUUGUAAAGUUACUAACAGUUACUAAAUUAGAUUUCUACUUAGAUGUAAAACUACUAAAUAUUUUCAAAGCAAAUGCAUUUUUAGUUCUUUGAUAGCUACUCCUUGAAUGAGUAAGGAUUCUCCUAGUGCAGAUAAACUAAGUUAUGUUCCUAUUGACACAUAUGUACCUUUAUGAUUUAUUUGCUUUGAAAGCUGGUAAAACAUUAUUUUGGUGAGUUUCAUAAGUGAUUUUAAUAAUGAUUAGCUUGCAAAUAAAUGAUGACUUAGUAUUCCCAACACUUGAUAGAAGUAAUUCCACAAUAAACUUACUUAACUUUUCUAAAGUUUAAUGUGUUCAAAAUUUUAAAAAUACAUUAAUUUAUGAUUAUGAUGUUCUGUUGCCUCAACUUUCUUUUUCAAUAAAGCAAUUCUUGACAUUUGUU